AUGGCCACCAAAAAUCGAUUUGCCGCACUCAAGGGUACCAUGGAACAAGGCACACCUGCCCAAGCGAGCGCAUACUUCAUGGAAAUUGAGAGCGCUGCUUGCAGAAUAGAGGACUUAGAUUUUGAAGAAGAAUUGGAGGGCGAGACAAUUGCUGAAGAAGAAUUGAAUGACAGUGAUGCUGAAACCUUGAAUGAGCUGACACCCGAAGACAAAGUAAGGAAUAUGACUUACAAAGAAAUGGCGCAAAACAUAUAUGACCCCGACGGACAAGGAAAGGUGGGAGAUCCUCUGAGCACUCAAGUCGAGUUCAUGCUUGAGUCGAUGAGGCCCUACCCAGGUGAUCCAUCUUGGGAGUCAAAAGUUAAUGAUCGUUUCUGCGUCUACUCAGUGGGAGAGUCCAAGUUGUGCAUUCUGGAUGAGGUGACUGGCGAACAAGAGAUUCUCGAGGUCUCAAAGGCUUUACGACCAGAUUUCCUGGUGGGACGUUGGUAUGCCAUCCGGCGGACCCAGGAAACUCGCGUUCGCGUCACACCUCUACCACGAUGGCAUAAGGUAAUGAAGGUACCUUGGGACUGCUGGAAGAACAAUGUAGCCUGGAGAUUGAGUCAUGGCUCCGACUUUUCGAGCUACUUUGUUAGUUCAAAGGAAGAAAGGGAGGAGAUGGAGCGUUUCGAGAUACGCUUCGACCGAGAUCUUGAUCAGUAUCAUGUCAUUGAUUGGCAGCUGGAAUUGCAUUUCCCAAUCGGUGUCAACAAACUCAUGCAUCCGCAAAGGAAUAUUCGAGUUUGGUAUAGUCGGCAGAUUAAGAAAGGGAUAGCGGCCGUCUUUCAGAUGGAUUGGCUUAUGAGUGAUGACUAUGGAUUAAAGCAUAUGUUUGAGGGAGAGGAGAACGAGUCUGCACAGGAGGUUGAUGACAAUAGUGACGUUGCACUGGACAUUCAGGAUGACGAUGACUCGGAUGAUUCUGACAAUUACUUUAUUGAGCUAAACGCGGCACAGAUGGAGGAGAAUGUCUUACCAGCAGUCCAACGGAAUGCUGCACUGACUCAAGACCCUUCGAGGAUUGUACCAAACCCCAUUCGUGUGGCCGUGAAAAUUAAUGGGAAUAUGUGCAAUGCAUUAAUUGAUACAGGAUCUCUUUGCGACUUCAUGUCGUCGACAGUCGCAGACCAGUUACGGCUCAAAAAGAAGGAGCUAGCGACUCCGUUGAUGGUUCAAUUGGCGGUCCUAGGUUCAUGCUCAAAAGUCAACUUCAUGACUAAUGCUCAAUUCGAAUACCAAGGGGUCAACGAACCUCAAAUGUUUGAUAUUAUUAACUUGUCGAGCUAUGAUUUGAUACUAGGAACACCUUUUCUUUACCAGCAUAGCUGUCUGGUGGGGUUUAAUCCUGAUGUUGUCAUCAUCCGCUCCUUAGAAUCCCUUCCUGUCCGUGGUUCUGCAGUUCGAAAACUAGCGUCGAGGACUGCGGCACUGCGUGAAGAAAACCUAGAGGAGGUCCGUGAAUACUUACGAGAAUUGGCAGCACCAUUGUGCAAAACAGCAGCAGAAACCGACUUACCACCCCUUUGA